AUGCUGUAGGGCCAGGUGAGCUGCUGCGAAGGACUCAUUCUUGGUGGCCAGCAGUUACCGGCAACUUGUGAGCUUGGUGGGCUCCUACUAACACACCUGGGACGCCAGGCUGCGGGCUCCCCUCCAGGCAGCCUCCCCAGCAGCUCCCCAGAGCCAUGGAGGCCCCGGAGGUCCCCGUGGGCUCGCUAAUCGACUUUGGGCCUGAGGCACCCACCUCCUCUCCCCUAGAGGCACCACCCCCUGCACUGCAGGACGGGGAUGGCUCCCUGGGGGAUGGCGCAUCAGAGAGUGAGACCACUGAGUCUGCGGACAGUGAGAAUGACAUGGGCGAGUCACCCUCACACCCGUCCUGGGACCAGGACCGCCGCUCCUCCUCCAACGAGUCCUUCUCCUCCAGCCAGAGCACCGAGUCUACCCAGGAUGAAGAGACCCUGGCUCUCAGGGACUUCAUGCGUGGCUACGUGGAGAAGAUCUUCUCUGGAGGGGAGGACUUAGAUCAGGAGGAGAAAGCCAAGUUUGGAGAGUACUGCAGCAGUGAAAAUGGAAAAGGCCGGGAGUGGUUUGCUCGAUACGUGAGUGCCCAGCGCUGCAACUCCAAGUGUGUCUCAGAGGCAACCUUCUACCGCCUGGUGCAGUCUUUUGCAGUGGUGCUGUUUGAGUGUCAUCAGAUGGAUGACUUUGGGCCUGCCAAGAACCUCAUGACCAUGUGCUUCACCUACUACCACAUCGGAAAACCGCAGCUGCUGCCCCCGGAGGCCCGGGAGAAGCCCGCGGGCAGCAUCGACUCCUACCUGAAAUCCGCAAACAGCUGGCUGGCCGAGAAGAAGGACAUCGCCGAGCGGCUGCUGAAGAACACCUCGGCCAGGACGGAGAAUGUCAAGGGCUUCUUCGGGGGGCUGGAGACCAAGCUGAAGGGGCCCCUGGCCAGGAGGAACGAGGAAGACGAGAGCAAACCCCAGGAGAAGCGGCCCAGGGCUGUGACUGUGUACAGCCCCGAGGACGAAAAGAAGGGGGAGAAGAUCUACCUGUACACGCACCUGAAGCAGCAGCCCAUCUGGCACACGCUGAGGUUCUGGAAUGCAGCCUUUUUUGACGCUGUCCAUUGUGAGAGGACAAAGCGAUCUCCCACUACCAGAGGGGAUGCUGGAGAGGAGGAGGAGAAGAGGGAGAAGUGGUGCCACAUGACGCAGGAGGAGCGCGAUGAUAGCCUCCGGUUCAACGAGAACAUCACCUUUGGGCAGCUGGGCACGUUCUCGCACAACAUGCUGGCCUUCGGACUGAACAAGAAGCUGUGCAAUGACUUCCUGAAGAAGCAGGCUGUGAUUGGCAACCUGGAUGAAGAGCAAUACAAGCUGCUUAGUGACCACAUUGAGCAAAUGGCCACUGAGUAGGCCCCAGAGGUCACACUGUGCAGGAGGACUGAGACCAUGCGCCAUUCUCCCGGGCCCAGUGCCCGGCCGUCACCCCACCCGUGACCUGCAUGAAGCCAGCAGCACCCAGAGCCGCACCUGCUGCCCUAGAACUAGUGGUUAGAAGAAUCCGCUGCUCCUUCCUCUUCUCCUCUGCCUGUGUCUGCGCCCCCCCAUCCAUGUGCCAAAGUGUCCCUUGGGUCACACGGCUAAAGCCAAGGUGACCAGCUGUACCCCGAGUGCCAGGCUUGUGAGAUGAGACCAAGAGGGAGGAGGGGAAGGACGCUGUGGUCCAUCGUGGGCCAAGGGCUGGCGAGGGUGGGGGUGGGCAAGGGAUGCAGGCAGGACAGCCAUGAGGUGGGGCUGCAGCCGACAUACCCAGUGGUGGAGGACUGGCCCUGCCACUCAUGGUGGGCGGCCCUAGGCCACAUUCCCUGCAAUGGGUGCACAUCUGGCUCCCAUCCAGCCCUCUCAGUGUGGGGCUGUGGCCGGUCCUCGCUCUUCCCCAGUCUCCCUCUGUGGGGCAGGAACGGGAAGUCACAGGACCCUUGAGGAAGAAACGCCUGUUUUAGGGAGAGAGAGGGAGUGGUGCAGAGGAUGCUCUUGGCUGGCUGGAGCAAGACCCGGCUCCCACCAGAGGGACAUGUGUGUGCCCUGCAGACGGCCCGGGAUCUGUGUGUCUCCGCCAGAGCCACAGCAGUGCCGAGGUGCCUGCAGUAGACCACACAGACCGUCUGACAUGCGCCCGCCUGGCGGACAGCUCCCUUCUGAGGCAGAGAAGGCUCCGCGGUCACGAAGCAGCGUUGUGCCGUGUGUCCCUCACAAGAAGCACAGGAAAGAGAAGUUUCUUUAGUAGUCACUAGACAACCACCCUUUCUAAAAGCAAACAGUGCUGCUCUUUAUUCCAGACAAGGCAGGAAAGUCUGAGCUGGGAGAGACAGCAGCUGGAGAGAGGCAGUUCUGUGUGACGUGUGGGGCGAGCCAGUGGCAUGGACUCUGCCUCUAAGGG